AUGUCCCAUGGAAAGUCGCCGAGGGCCCAGAGCGAGCCGCUGCAGACCGUGCACGCUUGUCCCGACGCCUGCGGCUCCCCUGUCUGUGUGCGCCUGCGCCGGGGCCGCCGGCGGCCUCGCUCCUGUUCCCUGUAUAGAAGAUGGAUGGUCGGCGCUGGGAGCAGGGGGCCCAGCCGGCCCCCGCCGCCCUCGGCUGAGGUGGUGGUGGUUGGGGGGGGCAGCCUGGGCUGCCAGACCACCUACCACCUGGCCAAGCAGGGGGUGACCAGCGUCGUGCUGCUGGAGAGGGACCGCCUGACCUCGGGCACCACUUGGCACACGGCCGUCUUCAUUGCCUCCAACAAGCAGCGCCUCGACGAGUACAAGAGGCUCAUGUCGCUGGGGAAGGUGUACGGCGUGGAGUCCCAUGUCCUGACUCCAUCGCAGACCAAGGACCUGUACCCACUGAUGAACGUCGAUGACCUGUAUGGCACGCUGUACGUCCCCAAGGAUGGCACCAUGGAUCCAGCUGGUACCUGCUCCACGCUUGCCAGAGCAGCAGCUGCCAGAGGCGCUAUGAUCAUAGAGAACUGCCCGGUCACCGGCAUCCAGGUCAGAGCUGACGAUUUUGGGGUGAAGAGGGUGUAUGCGGUGGAGACGGCCCACGGGACCAUCCAGACUCCCUGCGUGGUGAACUGCGCAGGCGUGUGGGCGCCAGCCCUGGGCCGGCUGGCCGGCGUGCACGUGCCGCUGGUGGGGAUGCAUCACGCCUACGUGGUGACCGAGCGCAUCGAGGGCAUUCAGAACAUGCCAAACGUUCGUGAUCACGACGCCUCGGUGUAUCUCCGUCUCCAAGGCGAUGCCCUUUCUGUGGGUGGAUAUGAGUCAAACCCCAUCUUCUGGGAGGAGGUAUCUGAAAAAUUUGCUUUUGGCCUCUUUGAUCUGGACUGGGAUGUUUUCAUGCAACACAUCGAAGGUGCCGUCAAAAGGGUACCGGUGCUGGAGAAAACGGGCAUUAAAUCCACCGUCUGCGGGCCAGAGUCAUUCACGGCCGACCACAAGCCACUCAUGGGGGAAGCCCCAGAAGUCCGAGGCUUCUUUCUUGGCUGUGGCUUCAACAGCGCUGGGAUGAUGCUGGGAGGCGGCUGCGGGAGGGAGCUGGCUCACUGGAUCAUCCACGGCCGGCCGGAGAAGGACAUGUACGGCUACGACAUCAGGAGGUUUCACCACUCCCUCACUGACAACAACCGCUGGAUCCGGGAGCGGAGCCACGAGUCCUACGCCAAGAACUACUCCGUCGUCUUCCCCCAUGAUGAGCCGCUGGCGGGGCGCAACGCAAGGAAGGACCCCCUGCAUGAGGAGCUGCUGCGACAGGGCUGCGUUUUCCAGGAGCGGCAUGGCUGGGAGAGGCCCGGCUGGUUCAGCCCUGGGGGAGCAGCCCCGAUCAGGAAUGAGUGCUUAACGUGCAGAAAUGCCCUGGCUCUCUUCGACAUGUCUUAUUUUGGGAAAUUCUACCUGGUUGGUCCUGAAGCAACAAAAGCAGCAAACUGGCUGUUUACUGCCGACGUGAGCAAAGCACCAGGCUCAACCGUGUACACCUGCAUGCUGAACAAGCAGGGCGGCGUGGAGAGCGACCUGACCGUCAGCCGGAUCAGCCCUGGGGACCCAGCCUCCCCCCUGGCCCCCGCCUUCGAAGGGGAUGGCUACUACCUGGCUAUCGGCGGGGCCGUGGCUCAGCACAACUGGUCACACAUCACCACCGUGCUGCAGGACAUGAAGCUCCAGUGCAAACUCCUUGACCGCCUCGUCCUCCAAGAAGUGCUUGACACCGACCUCAGCAACGAGGCCUUCCCUUUCUCCACCCACAAACUCGCCACGGCCGCAGGAUGCACGGUUCGUGCCAUGAGGUUGUCGUUUGUCGGCGAGAUGGGCUGGGAGCUGCACGUGCCCAAGGCGGACUGCGUGAAGGUUUACCAGGCGGUGAUGGAGGCGGGUGCCCGGCACGGCAUUACCAACGCCGGCUACAGAGCCAUCGACAGCCUCAGCAUCGAGAAAGGGUACAGGCACUGGCACGCAGACCUGCGCCCUGAUGACACCCCGCUAGAAGCAGGCUUAGCCUUCACUUGCAAGCUCAAAUCCAGCAUCCCCUUCCUGGGCCGGGAGGCUGUGGAGGCUCAAAAAGCCAAGGGCAUCUUCCGCCGCCUCGUCUGCUUCACCACCGAGGAGAAGGUGCCGAUGUUCGGCCUGGAGGCGGUCUGGCGGGACGGCGAGGUGGUCGGCCAUAUCCGUCGGGCAGACUUCGGAUUUGCCAUCGACAAAACCAUUGCCUACGGCUACAUCCGCGACCCCGCGGGGGGCCCGGUCUCGCUGGAUUUUGUGAAGAGCGGCAGCUACCAGCUGGAGCGGAUGGGAGUGAGCUACCCUGCCCGAGCACACACCAAGUCCCCGUUUGACCCGGACAACAAGCGAGUGAAGGGCUUUUACUGA